UGGUGGAGCAUUGGCGCCACGUCACCGAUCCCUCCACCGCGGCCGAGACAAGAGCUCGACGUCGUCGGGCGCCAGCCGCUUCUCUCUCCCCACACUCCUCUCUGGCGGAGAAAAGCUCCCAUUCCCACCUCCGCCGCGUCUCCGAUCGCGUGGCCGUCGCCGCUUGUCCGGCCUACCGAUGGCUGAUCGCGUUCCUCUUCUGAACACUGACGACGAAGAGCCAUCUGCCGGUCAGCGCAGUCCUCGUGUCGCUUCGCUCGACGUGUUUCGCGGUCUCAGCGUUUUCCUAAUGAUGCUUGUUGACUAUGGUGGAUCAAUUUUCCCAAUCAUUGCUCAUUCUCCAUGGAAUGGCGUUCACUUGGCCGACUUUGUGAUGCCUUUCUUCCUUUUCAUUGUCGGAGUGUCUCUUGCUCUUGUCUAUAAGAAAGUAACGAACCGGGUAGAAGCUUCUUGGAAGGCAGUUGUAAGAGCAGUGAAACUUUUUCUUCUGGGUGUUCUUCUUCAAGGUGGUUACUUGCAUGGGAUAACUUCCCUGACAUACGGAGUCGACGUUGACAGAAUACGAUGGUUUGGGAUUUUGCAGAGAAUCUCCAUUGGCUACGUUGUCACGGCUCUAUGCGAGAUUUGGCUUUCACAAAGGACAUGGCAAGAAUGGCAUUUCAUAAAGAGUUAUUGUUGGCAUUGGUCUCUUGCAAUUUUUCUGUCCGUGAUGUACGUGGCUUUGUCUUAUGGUCUAUAUGUUCCAGAUUGGCAGUUUGAGGUUUCAUCUGCCUCGGAUGCUUUGCUGGCUGCUGGCACUUCUUACUUGGUGAAAUGUUCAGUGAGAGGUGAUCUUGGACCAGCUUGCAAUGCAGCUGGAAUGAUUGACCGAUAUAUUAUUGGCAAUAAUCAUCUUUAUGCGAAACCUGUUUACCGGAAUCUGAAGGACUGUAACAUGUCUACUGGUGGCCAAGUUUCUGAGAACUCGCCAUCAUGGUGCCAUGCUCCUUUUGACCCUGAAGGUAUUUUAAGCUCCCUAACAGCUGCCGUAACUUGCAUUAUUGGACUCCAAUAUGGUCAUGUCCUAGCAAACCUAUGGGAUCCUAAAAGGAGAUUAGACAACUGGUUGCUGUUUUCAGCUUCAAUGUUUGUCCCAGGGAUUUUCCUUGCUUUAGUAGGAGUUCCAGUGAACAAAUCGCUGUGUACGGUCAGCUACAUGUUGAUUACUUCCUCAGCUUCAGGAGUCACAUUUUGUGCUUUAUAUCUGCUGGUGGAUGUUUAUGGUUACAGGCGCUCGACUUCUUUGUUAGAGUGGAUGGGAAAGCAUUCUCUGAGCAUCUUCGUUCUUGUAACUUCAAAUGUUGCAGUUAUAGCCCUUCAGGGAUUUUAUUGGAAGAUCCCUGAGAAUAACAUUGAAGUGAGCGAGGAAGGACACGCCCCACAUGGGAAGGACUACGUGGACGCCCCACCUGCUCCUCUCCUCGACAUGGCCGAGCUCAAGCUCUGGUCCUUCUACAGAGCACUCAUUGCGGAGUUCAUCGCCACCCUCCUCUUCCUCUAUGUGACCGUCGCUACUGUCAUUGGCCAUAAGAAGCAGACCGGGCCUUGCGACGGCGUCGGCCCACUAGGCAUCGCCUGGGCCUUCGGUGGCAUGAUCUUCGUGCUCGUUUACUGCACUGCUGGCAUCUCUGGUGGGCACGUCAACCCAGCGGUGACAUUCGGGCUAUUUUUGGCGAGGAAGGUGAGCUUGAUCAGGGCAGUGUCGUACAUGAUCGCCCAGUGCUUGGGCGCCAUCUGUGGUGUAGGGCUGGUGAAGGCAUUCAUGAAGCCCUUCUACAACUCGCUCGAAGGUGGUACCAACACGGUGAAUGUGGGCUACAGCACCGGCACGGCUCUGGGUGCUGAGAUCGUCGGCACUUUCGUACUAGUUUACACGGUGUUCUCCGCCACUGACCCAAAGAGGAGAGCUCGUGACUCUCACGUGCCCGUUUUGGCUCCAUUGCCAAUUGGUUUUGCAGUGUUUAUGGUUCAUUUGGCCACCAUCCCCAUCACCGGCACCGGCAUCAACCCGGCUAGGAGCUUUGGUGCUGCCGUCAUCUACAACAACGACAAAGUCUGGGAUGACCAGUGGAUCUUCUGGGUUGGACCAUUCGCGGGGGCACUAGCAGCGGCAGCAUACCACCAGUACAUCCUCAGAGCAGCUGCCAUCAAGGCCCUCGGAUCCUUCCGCAGCAACCCCUCCAACUAAAAUCUCUGUUUUUUUUUUCUUUUUGUUGCACUCUUUUAUCCAAUUUGUUCGUUUGUGUGAAUGAAAGAGAGAACUGUGAUGAUGGAUGGUGAUGGUGGUGACGAUGGGGCCCCCCCCUCUUAAUUUUAUUGAUAUGCUUCGUUAUCUGUGAGUGGGUAAGGAUUCGGACCUCUGUAUCAUUAUGAUCGCUCGCUGUUAUUAUCGUUGAUGAAUAUGA